AUGCCUACUAGAUUAACCAAGACCAGAAAACACAGAGGAAAUGUUUCUGCCGGUAAGGGUAGAAUUGGUAAACACAGAAAGCAUCCCGGUGGUAGAGGUAUGGCUGGUGGUCAACACCACCACAGAACCAACUUGGAUAAAUACCAUCCAGGUUACUUCGGUAAAGUUGGUAUGAGAUACUUCCACAAACAACAAAACCACUUUUGGAGACCAGAAAUCAACUUGGACAAAUUGUGGACCUUGGUUGACUCUGAAAAGAAGGAUGAAUACUUGAAGAGCUCUUCAAAAUCAGCUGCUCCAGUCAUUGACACCUUGGCCCACGGUUACGGUAAAGUUUUGGGUAAAGGUAGAUUGCCAGAAGUUCCAGUCAUUGUCAAGGCUAGAUUUGUUUCCAAAUUGGCUGAAGAGAAGAUUAGAGCUGUUGGUGGUGUUGUUGAAUUGGUUGCUUAA